AUGGCGAAAUCCAAGAACUCGUCGCAGCACAACCAGUCGCGCAAGGCUCACCGUAACGGUAUCAAGAAGCCAAAGACCAACAGAUACCCGUCUCUGAAGGGAACCGACCCCAAGUUCCGAAGAAACCAUCGACAUGCUCUGCACGGAACGAUGCGCGCUCUGAAAGAACUAAAGGAGGGCAAGCGAGAGACGGCAUGA